AUGAGUACUUUACGUCGUAGUGCUAGAGUUGCAUCCAGGCCAGUUAAACAACCAGAACCUGAAGAACAAGGUCCAGUUACUAAAAAAGCCAAAACUUCUAAGGCACCAUCUGAAGCUACUACUACAACUUCCAGUGGAAUUGAAAUUGGUGAUAAAAUUCCAGAUGUCAAAUUAUUAAAUCAAGAUUCCGAAGAGAUUGAUUUGGCUAAUGUUGCCAAAUCUUCAAAAUAUGUUGUUAUUUUUGCUUAUCCAAGAGCAAAUUCAGGUAAUGCCAAAGGUGGAUGUACAUGUCAACUUAUUGGAUAUGAAAAUUAUUAUCCAUUUUUCAAAGAAAAUGGUGCUGUUGUUUUCGGAUUAUCGGCCGAUAGUCCAAAAUCUCAAAAAAGUUUCCAUGAUAAACACAAUGCUGAAUUUGAUUUAUUAUCUGAUCCUCAAAAGAAAUUGAUUGGUUUAUUGGGUGCUAAGAAAUCUCCACUGGGUAUCAAAAGAUCUCAUUGGAUUUUUGUUGAUGGUGUUUUAAAAGUGAAGGAAAUUCAAGUUUCUUCUCAAGGUAGUUUUGAAGGUGCCAAAGCUUCAAUUGAAGAAUUUGUUCUGCAAAGUAAGAAUGGAAUUGACAAAGAGGAACCAAAAGAGGAACCAAAAGAGGAACCAAAAGAGGAACCAAAAGAUGAACCAAAAGAUGAACCAAAAGAUGAACCAAAAGAUGCACCAAAGGAAGAACCCGUUGAAGAACCAAAGGAAGAGCCUGCCGAAGAAGAAAACGGUGCAGCAAAAAUAGAGGAAGAAAGGAAAGAAGAGGAAACCAAGAAAGAGUCAAAAGAAGAGACCAAACUUGAAGAAACCAAAGACGAAGCUAAAACAGAAAACUCUAAACCUGAAGAUGCCAAAGAAACAUCUACUUAA